AUGGACUCUGGCAAGCCGAAGCAGAAGAAAGGGGUCGGCAAAAAGGACAGCAAGGACAAGAAGAGGAGAAUUGAGCCCUCCUCCUCGGACGACGGGAUGACGGAGGAAAACCAAGAAGUGGACAAGGGCCUUGUUCUGCAAGUGCCGCAGAAGGAGUAUGUGCGAAAGAGUAGCCAGAGGUCGAUGGAGGAUCUCAGCAGCAGGCAGAUGGCCUAUGUGCUGGCAGGGCUGGGCUUGUGCAUGCCCAGCGACUUGGUCGAGGAAACCAUACUGCUGGAGACGGCGGCCCGGUACAGGAAGCAGAAAGACAAGGCUGGCGAGACAGGAGCUUUGCAGAAGGCAGGCUUCGCAUGGUGA